AUGUCAUCCAUCAUCAUCAGAACCGCAGACCAAACAAAACGAAGAUUGUGUGAAGUCCUCAACGAAAUCAAGCGUCUGAACUUGGAUUCGGUCGACCAAAUGACAACAACCGACGAAACAAUCCGUCUUCAUCAGGAACGGAGAAGGAUCACCCAAGAAAAAAUCAUGCAUAUCCAAAUAUACAUAGAGGCGUUGGAAUCGGUCAAUACAGAGUGGAAACAAUUCAUCCAGCAGAUUUCAGUCUCAACCAAAAGAAAAGAAGAAGAAGAUCGAUACCUUCAGAUAAACGAUGAUGAAUCAGGUCGUGAGUUCGUACCUCACCUCGGGCACCAUAAAUUUGUUGUGAAUGGAUUGGAUUGGGUUGGUUUACUUGCACAAUUGAGUCGAGUGCUCAAUCUUGGGUAA